AAGCUGCCUUUCACCAUCCCGGAGCUGGUGCAGUCUUCUCCGUGCCGCAGCUCCGAUGGCGUGAUCUACACAGGAAAAAAGGAGGACACCUGGUUUCUUGUGAACCCGGCAUCGGGGGAGAAGCAGAGCGUGCUGUCGCCAGAGGCCUGGGAUGGGCUUCACCCCAUAAGCCCCUUGUUGUUCAUCGGACGAAGUGAGUAUGUCAUCACCAUGUAUGACACCAAGACCCGGGAGCUGCAGUGGAAUGCCACCUACCUGGACUACUCUGCUCCCUUCCAUGAGCAGGACUCUGACUAUAAAAUGGCCCAUUUUGCCUCAAGCGGAGAUGGUUGGCUGGUGACGGUGGGCAAAGAGAGCGGAGAGGUGCUCUGGGUGCAGGACUAUGGAUCACCCGUGGUGGGCGUCUACAGCUGGCAUCAGGACAGCCUGCGUCGGGCACCCCACCUCAGCAUAGCCAUGGAGAGCCUGCGCUACCUUAUCCUGCACGCUCAGAAGAUCCCCCUCCUCAACUGGACCUUCCGGAUUAGCAAGGACUCCGUGGCCAAGACCCCUUUGCUCACAACCCUGUAUGUGGGAAAACAUGCGGGGGGUUUCUACGCUUUGACAUCCCUGGUGCAUGAAGGCAUGGCUCUGGUGCCUCAGGGAGUGGCUCUGGCCCAGGGCAGUGGUCCCAUCACACGUGAUGUGACGCUCCAAAGGUCUGGUGAGUGCAAGAUCACACCCAGCACGGGCAUCCAGUACCCGCCGGGCACCAUCUUCCUGCCCCACAGCCAGUGGCUGCUGAUAGGUCAUCACGAGAUGCCCCCGCUUGUCCACACCACCAUGCUGAGGGCCCUUCCUGGCAGCCUGCGGAGGAACCCGGAGGCUGUUGCACCACACAGCUCCCCUGCUCACAGCCUGUUUGAAGAGAGGGUCUCGCUUGAGCGCAGCUCUGGCCAGCAGCCUCCUGCAGCCUCUAGCCAUUUCUCAAGAAUGACUCCUGAAGGGUCCCUGGAGCUGAACCAGGGGGCAGACCAGCCCCCCUCCUCAGCCUCGGUGGAUAAAGCCUCCCUCCAGAGCCCUGGUCCAGGUGUUGCCCCAGAAAUGGUUACUGUGGGAAAGCUCUCCUUCAGGCCCCUGGAGGUGCUGGGCCGUGGGGCAGGGGGCACCUUUGUGUUCCGAGGCCGCUUUGAUGGGCGCGAUGUGGCCGUGAAGCGUUUGCUUCUGGACAGCAUCCGUUUGGUGGACCGUGAGGUGCGGCUGCUGCGCGAGUCGGAUGCGCAUCCCAAUGUGGUGCGCUAUUUCUGCACCGAGGCCGACGGGCAGUUCCACUACAUCGCCCUUGAGCUGUGCUCUGCCACCCUGCAGCAGUACGUGGAGAGCUCCGUCUUCCCUGGAAAAGGCUUGGAUCCACUCUCCCUGCUGUCCCAGACCAUGUCCGGACUGGCACAUCUGCACUCCCUCAGCAUAGCUCACCGUGACCUGAAGCCCUGCAACAUUCUGAUCUCGGUCCCUGACGGGCAAGGGCGCUUCCGAGCCGUCAUCUCCGACUUCGGCCUGUGCAAGAAGUUGCAGGGGGGGCACCAGAGCUUCAGUCUCGGCUCAGGCAUUCCUGGCACGGAGGGGUGGAUCGCGCCCGAGAUGCUCAGGGAGGACGCGCAGGAGAGCCCCACUUGUGGGGUGGACAUCUUCUCCGCUGGCUGCAUCUUCUACUACGUCCUGUCCCACGGGCAGCAUCCCUUUGGGCACAGCUUCCAUCGCCAGGCCAACAUUCUUGUAGGCGCCUACCAACUGCCGAGGCUCCAGCAGGACACUCACAGCCACCUGGUAGGGCGGGACUUGAUAGAAGCCAUGAUCAGCAGUGACCCCCGUCUGCGCCCCUCGGCUGCCCAGGUGCUCCGGCACCCCUUCUUCUGGGGCCCUGAGAAGCAGCUGCAGUUCUUCCAGGAUGUCAGUGACCGCCUUGAAAAGGAGCUGGCAGACGGGCCUCUGGUCAGCACCCUGGAGGCCGACAGCCUGAUGGUGGUCCGAGGGAAUUGGCAGGUGCAUCUCUCUGCCCCACUACAGGCAGACCUCAGGAAGUUCCGGAGAUACCAGGGCAGCUCAGUCCGUGACCUGUUGCGAGCCAUGAGGAACAAGAAGCAUCACUACUACGAACUGCCCAGCAAUGUCCAGGAGGCCCUUGGCAGCCUCCCCCACGGAUUCAUCCAGUACUUCCUGGACCGCUUUCCCUGCCUGCUGCUGCACACUUACCGGGCCCUGCGCCUAUGCGCUGCUGAGCAGCUCUUCCGGAGAUACUACUGCCAGGGGGAGUGA